UUAAGCUGUGCUGCCGCCCCACACUGGACAGCGGAUGAGAGGAGAGGCAGGUGUGCGAAUGCUUUUAGAAAGACUCGCCAAGAGAGACAGAAGCGGGAACGAAAAAAGCUGAUGUUUUACUGUGACCUCUAGAUGGAUGUACAAGAGGAGAAGUGUAAAGCUGGCAUAAAUAACCUCGACAUCAUCACUGUAAGUGUUAAGGAGGAGGAGGACUGUGAAUGGGACAGCAUCCACCCUAAACGGGACAGUCUGGGGAUUAAGAAAGAAGAUUGUGAACUGGAGUUGCUUGGCAUUAAAGAAGAGGCUGAAGAAAAGUCUGUCGGCAUUGAUGUGCACAACAAGUGUGAAAGUGUAGAGGAAGACGACCUUCGUUUUGGCUGUCGGGAUGGAGCAGAGAUCGGGUUAUUCUCCUCUCAAAGCAAUGACUCUUCACGUUUAGAGCCUUCCAUCGAUGUGAAGUCUGAAUCAUUACAGGCUGCAACAAAUUCGACUGAGGAAAUUUCAUCUGUUAGAAUUCCAAAAGAUCAGCUACCACCUGCAAAUCAGGCUAAAAAAAAAAACAAACGUCACUGUUGUUCUGAAUGUGGCAAACAAUUCUGUCGCAAGAGUAGUCUUCAGAUACACAUGAGAAUUCACACUGGAGAGAAGCCGUAUUGCUGUAAUGAAUGUGGCAAACAGUUUUCACAAAGAAACACUCUUCAGAGACACACCAGAAUUCACACAGGAGAAAAGCCAUUUUGCUGUUCUGAAUGUGGUAAACAAUUCCGCCGUAGCAGUAAUCUUCAGAGCCACCAAAGAAUUCACACUGGAGAGAAGCCAUAUGCCUGUUCUGAAUGUGGCAAACAAUUUGCACACAAGUGCAAUCUUUGGGGCCACACAAGGAUUCACAGUGGAGAGAAGCCAUAUUGCUGUUCUGAGUGUGGCAAACAGUUUUUGCUAAGAAGCAGCCUUCAGAGGCAUAAAAGAGUUCAUACAGGAGAAAAGCCGUACUGCUGUUUGGAUUGUGGCAAACAAUUUUCGCAAAAAAAUACUCUUCAGAUCCACAAAAGAAUACACACCGGAGAGAAGGCAUAUUGCUGUUCUGAAUGUGGUGAACAAUUCUCUCAUGCUAUCAAUCUUCGGUGCCACAAAAAAAUUCACACCAAAGAGAAGCCACAUUGCUGUUCCGAAUGUGGCAAACGCUUCUAUGACCGUAGCAGUCUUCAGAUCCACGCAAGAAUUCACACUGGGGAAAAGCCAUAUUGUUGUACUGACUGUGGCAAACGAUUCUCCACAAAUGGUAAUCUUCAGACCCACAAAAGAAUUCACACAGGAGAGAAGCCAUAUUGCUGUUCAGAAUGUGGCAAGCAAUUCUCUAUGGCUGCUAAUUUUCAGUUUCAUAGAAGAAUACACACUAGAGAGAAGCCAUAUAUCUGUUGUGAAUGUGGGAAGCAAUUCAUUAGCAGUAGUAGUCUACAGACCCACAAAAGAAUUCACACUGGAGAAAAGCCGUAUUGCUGUUCUGAAUGUGGCAAGAAAUUCUCCCAGUUAGGCAAUCUUCAAAAACACACAAGAAUUCACACUGGGCACAGGCCAUAUUGCUGUUCAGAAUGUGGAAAACAAUUCACCAACAGUAGCCAUCUUCAGAGACACACAAGAAUUCAUACUGGAGAGAAGCCAUAUUGCUGUUCAGAAUGUGGAAAACAAUUCACCACGAAUGGUAAUCUUAAGCAACAUGCAAAAGUUCAUACUAGAAUGAUUAGUGAAAAGGAUUAAUAAAAACAGAACUAAUAAAGAAACUUCCAGGUGCAUCUUAACAUCCUAUAAAUAAAUGUAACUCCAUACAAACUGCAAAAGGAAGCUCAUUGGAAAUUUAAGAGAAUAAGAGCUACAGCAGUACAACUAAACUGUCAUGAAUAACGAGCAAAAUUCAUCCCUGUCUUCAUAGUAUGCACAUCAGAAAUUUUAAAGAAAUAAUCACAGAGAUAAGUAAUGAUCUACAGGCCUAAUCAGAAAUUUCCAGACAAAUCUUGACAACCUACCAAUUAGCAUAACUUUGGAUGAACUGAAAAAAGAAGUGUUUUAGGAAGCAAACCAAGUGCUCCUCUGUGAAUGUAUGGGGAUAACAGUUACUGCAGCACAACAGAUAUGUCAUGACUGAAGUGUGAGGUUCAGUCCUGUUUUGAUCAUAAGCACACCAAGACAUUCUGAAGAGAUUAACUCCGAGAGAAGCCAAACCACUGUUCUGAAUAUGGCAAAUGAUCUGUUGAUAAUGAUGGCCAUCAGAAACACAUAAGAAUUGACACAAGAGAGUUCAAACUCUGUUUUUGACACAGCCUGGAUCUUUGAAGUGUCAUUCUCAAGUGAUUACGCAGUGAAAGGACAGACAAUAAUGAUAAUGAUGAUAAUAAUAAUAAUACAUUUUAUUUGUAACGCACCUUUCCCAUGCUUAAGAUAAAAUAAUCGAAUACCAAGAAAAUGAUCAGGAAAUAAACCACAUGUGGAAAAAAACCACUGAAAUUAUGCCAGUGAUGCCGGAAUGUAUAUAUACUGAUCACUUUAUCUUCAUACAAGCUACAACAAAGCAUUAUUGAAAAAAAUAAAGGUGCUAGGUACUCAGUUAAGCUUUGGCAACCAGUUUAAGAGGUUAACAAUAGUGGUGGUAUAAAGUCACAUCAUAACUAAAGAGUAUGGCUCACAUGAAACAAGCCAUUCAUAAGGAAUUCAAAAAGGAGAAAAGCCAUAUUCCUUUUCUGAAUGUGGAAAACGCUUCUUGCAUGGCAGCCAUCUUCAUACUCACAGGGGAAAUCACACUAGAGAAAAGCUGCAGUGUGGUUCUGAAUGUGGCAUACAAUUCUUCACCAUUAUGUUGUACAAAUAGUUUUAUCCCUGGCGCACAUUCUAUUUUUAUCUAGUUUUUGAUCUUUUUUAAAUACUGUUUUGUAUAUUUUGAGAUUAAGCAUUUUUCUGUUUAUUAUUAUUUUGUGUAUUAGUUAUUUCACAUUGUUUAUUACUGAUGAUGCAAGAUGCUAUGCCUCAUUCUUAGUGUACAUUGACUCUAUGGGGUCCAGAAACUGUGGGACCACCCUUUCCCUUUAUAUUAGGCCGAGAUGCUUCAGUCCAUCACUGAGGCAUUGGUGUAAACACUUCUCUGUUGUUCUGUUACUUUGACUUUCCUUCAGUUCUGUUUUUUUAUGUCCUUUGUGGAUUUCCCCUUUUUUAGGUUAUUUUUCUUAUUCAUUUUGGUGUGUUGGACUUUAGAAUUAAUUCUAUAUUAAUUGUCUUGGUAAUAUUAAAGAUUUGUUUUAGUCUGUAUUACCACCGUAGAUCUUUAGAAUUUUUAACAUAAUAAAACAUUCUCAACUCUACUUAAUCUAAUGUAGAGUCUUUUUAGGUGCAUUCUUAUAUAAUGCACAGAGUACCUAUUGCAAAAGCCCAUGUCUGUCUGUCUGUCUGUCUGCAGGAAACAAGUCAUAAAUUGUGGAAAUGUGACACACUUAUUCUUAAGUUAAAUUUGUCAAGACAGUUCAAUUUUCCUUGCAAUAUCUUGAAGAGAUCACACUGUACCAAAUUUUACACUUUUCAGAAUUUCCAAUUGAAAAUGAUGGCAAAUUUGCCGACUCGUCUCUCUUAAAAUGGAGAAAUGUUCCGUGGGAUUUCAGUUAGGAAUGAGCUUACAGUUUCAGUUUUAUCUUGAGAGUGGUUGCUUGGACUUGUAGAUUUUGUAUACGUUUCCUCUUUUACUCAUGUGACAGUUGGACGCCAAAGCAACCAGACAGACCUUGAGCGUGUGGGCAAACAGUUCACACAGCAGCACCACUGCUGCUUUAGGUAAGUGAACUAAUAAAGUACAAAAAACGGUCACUUCUCUAGAAAUAAAUGGAAGGGGAGAGCAUUUAUGUAACCAUACAUAAGACUAAACUGACAGAAUUAAUAUGAUCUGCAGAGUGUUAUUGUAAAAAAAAACAAAAAAAUGUUAAUAAGUUGUAGCUAAAUGGAGUUUGAACUAAUUAAUAACGCAGGAAAUGUGCAGCUGCCCAAACUGACAGAAACUGAGGACACGUCUAAAAAUGGACAGUGGCAUCGAGAGGCGAGGGGCCGCAGUGGUUUAAACCCCUGACUUCUGGAGGCCAGCCCCCCUCAAAUGAUAUACAUGAACAAUCGCAACAAGCCCCUGAUCUUCUUGUCAAGUGUGUACCAUUUAUAUUGUACAAUAAAUCUGUUCCUUUC